AUGUCUAAUUAUUACCAGCAAGGACCUCCUCCACCUCAACAAGGUUACUAUCAGCAAGGACCUCCACCACAAGGUUAUUACCAACAGCAGCAACCAAUGUACGUUCAACAACAGCCACAGAAAGGUGGUGGUGGUGGUUGCUGUUCAGCGUUUUGUGGAAUGUGUGCCGCUAUUAUUUGUUGUUGUUGCGCCGAAGACUGUGCUGAAGCUAUAUGUAUGUAA